CCGAGGUGGUGUAAAAGCAGAGCACGGGACGAGGGAUGAUGUUCUGCGCGUUGGAUUUCACGCAGGAAACUCGGACACGGGUGUGAAUUCGCUCCUCCCACCCCCGGAGCAGCGCGGUGCACGCGGCCCUGCCAAGUCAGUUUGAAAAGAUCAGACAAAGGCAGCAGGAAGCGCCUCGGCUUGGCAAUGCGUGCGAGCGCGAGCCGAAAGCUCGGUGUAUUGUCAGGGGGUCGCGGUUUGAACCGACCGUCGCACAAAUAACGCGUCAUUCUUCACCCGGUUUCGGUUUUGAGGCGGUUUUUGAAGAUCUUUCGACCGCAGGAAGCCAUGGACGACCGCCUGGAUCCUCGCGCGCAGCGGAGACGGUUAUCUCAACACAAAAUGGGCAGCGGCGCGUGACCGCGCGCGCGAGAGCGAGCGUGAGUGAGUGAGAGAGAGAGAGAGAGAGAGAGAGAGAGCGCGAGCGCUGGUUUCCCGUCUGUACUGGAAAGCAGCUUUUCUUCCCUACUGGUUGUGCGCGCGCCCCAGGAGUUGCUCGGUUUACACACUUAAAUGUAGAAAAGAAACGCAGCUGGAGGUUCUGGAGGAGGUUCUGGAGGUGGUGGUGGUGUUUUUUCCCUCCUGAAUAAACCAAAGAGGGAAGUGAACUUGCUGUGGCUGUGCAUUUUUUUUUUCGCGCAUUUUAAGAUGGAGACGCACGUCUCGUGCCUCUUUCCAGAGAUCUUAGCCAUGAUUUUCAGUUACUUGGAGGUGAGGGACAAAGGCCGGGUGGCCCAAGUGUGCACAGCAUGGAGAGACGCGUCCUACCACAAGUCUGUGUGGAGGGGGGUUGAAGCCAAGCUGCAUCUCAGGAGGGCCAACCCGUCCCUGUUCCCCAGCCUUCAGGCCCGGGGCAUCAGGAGGGUGCAGAUCCUGAGCCUGAGGCGCAGCCUGAGCUAUGUGAUCCAGGGCAUGCCCAACAUCGAGAGCCUGAACCUGAGCGGCUGCUACAACCUGACUGACAACGGCCUGGGGCACGCUUUCGUCCAGGAGAUCUCUUCGUUGCGUGUUCUCAACCUGAGCCUGUGCAAGCAGAUUACGGACUCCAGCUUGGGCAGGAUAGCUCAGUACCUGAAGAACUUGGAGGUACUGGAGCUGGGCGGCUGCAGCAACAUCACCAACACCGGUUUGCUGCUGAUCGCAUGGGGCUUGCACAGGCUCAAGAGCCUCAACUUGAGAAGCUGCAGGCACGUCUCCGACGUAGGCAUCGGCCACCUGGCAGGUAUGACCCGAAGCGCGGCUGAGGGAUGCCUCAGCCUGGAGUACCUCACGCUUCAGGACUGCCAGAAGCUCACAGACCUGUCUCUCAAACACAUCUCCAAAGGCCUGGCCAGGCUCAAAGUUCUCAACCUGAGCUUCUGCGGGGGCAUCUCAGACGCCGGAAUGAUCCACCUGUCCCACAUGACCAGCCUGUGGAGUCUUAACCUGCGCUCGUGUGACAACAUUAGCGACACGGGCAUCAUGCAUCUCGCCAUGGGGACGCUACGACUUUCCGGCUUGGACGUGUCUUUCUGCGACAAGAUCGGCGACCAGAGCCUGGCUUACGUAGCCCAGGGCCUGUACCAGCUCAAGUCUCUGUCGCUUUGCUCGUGCCACAUAAGCGAUGAUGGCAUCAACCGGAUGGUGCGCCAGAUGCACGAGUUAAGGACCCUGAACAUUGGCCAGUGUGUGCGGAUUACAGACAAAGGCCUGGAGCUCAUAGCGGACCAUCUGACCCAGUUGACCGGCAUCGAUUUGUAUGGAUGUACAAAAAUUACUAAGAGGGGACUGGAGAGGAUAACGCAGCUCCCCUGCCUUAAAGUUUUGAACCUGGGCCUUUGGCAGAUGACUGAAAGUGAAAAAGUGCGGUAAAACUUGGUCGAGAU